AUGGCUAACCAAGCCCCUGGCCGGCCGUGGUUUCGCUUAGCCUCUUUACGCUCAGUGGUUCCUCCUCCUCCUCCUGCGCCUGCACAAGACCCUCGUCCUUCUUUGGUUCAGCCCACUAAUAGGACCAACUCUUCGCCGCCGCCAUCUGCUGCUCCGGCGGAGAGAGGAUCUGUACCUUCGUCUCCAGCUCAGAAACUUCCUGUUCAGUCCUCCUCUUCAUUGCCAAAUUCCCCUCUUCAGAAUGGAUCAGUCUCAACUGUAUCUUCAGUUUCAUCUCCUUCUCCAGCCCAGAAAACAUCUCCACCACUUUCUGCUUCUUCCCCAGCCAAGGGUGGAACCAUUCCCUCCACGAAGCAGGUGGUUCAGAAUGUAAUGCAAUCACCGAAGGCCAAACCCACCACGCCGCCGCCUUCUGCUUCUCCAAACCAGAAAGCAACCACGCCUCAUUCCGCUUCUUCCCCAGCCAAGAGUGAGACCACGGCUCGAGGGUCCAGUCCCUCAACGAAGCAGGUGGUUCAGACUCUAAUGCAGUCACCAAAGGCCAAACCCACCGCACCACCGCCUUCUCCUCUGACUCUUCCGCCUGCGCAGUUGAAAGCUAACUCUGAGGUUAAGCCUAAGAUCCCAGAGGAAGCAGAGUCCAAGAAUGUGAUACUUCAGAACAGCAUUGAAAAGCCUAAGCAGUGGGGAAAUGGCAAUUCAGCGGAAACCCGAAAGAACCAUAAUGAGAAACAGAACGGCAAUCACAGAAAGUCCUGGGGUUCAGAGGAUUCCCCGAUGAAAGUUAUAACUAUUGCUGGUGAAAACAGAGGAGCAUACAUGGAGUUGAUCCAAUCAAAGAAGAAACAUGAAUUCGGAGACACACCCAAUUAUCUUUACAAGAACGGGGUUUCGAAGUCCAAAAGCGAGAGCGGAGAAUCGGCGAGCUCGAGCAGUGAUGAAGGUAAUGGGAAAAGGAAGGAGAAUAGAAACAGCAGAAGAACAAAAUCUUCGCAUCCGACGUCCGCGUUCAUGAAUAGUAACGUACAGUGCGUUAACAAUUCCCUCUUGUACAAUGCCUCCUGCAGCCAUCACGAUGCAGGAGUUCGCCUUUCUCUCACGAGGAAGCCGUUCGAGAGCGGAGGAUUCCAUCUCAAUGAGAACGUCAAUGGCAGGCACGAUUGA